AUGAUGCGUCCCCUGACAUCAUCAUCAUCAGAUGACGGCCCACGCUCCCCUCCCCCUCCUCCUUCGUCGUCUUCAUUACUGACCGUUUUGUGGUCGGGCGCCGCUCUGUCGUUCUUGAUGUUUGGUAUAAAUGAUUUCUCUCAUCACCUGCAGCUGCUCGCCGCCGCCGCCGCCGCCACGAUGGUCUGAAAUAAAUAACCCUUCAGAGGGAGAUAAAUAACUCCUCCAGAGUCCCGCUCCUCUGUGAAGAAGAGAAGGAGGAGGCUGAGGAAGAGGAGAACCUCCUGCCUCCUCUUCUCCCCACACUCGGAGCCUCCUCUCGUAUUAAUUUCAGAGCAGAUUGCAGAGAAGAAUUAAUGCAUUUUUCAGCAGCAGCAGCAGCAGCAGCCGGCCUCACAUCUCUCAAGAACUCAAUUACUCUCAACAUUUAAAAUAAAUAAAUUAAAGGUGUCCUGAACGCGGCAGCUGCAUCAUUACAAGUGCUCCUGGGAGACCAAAUUAAGCCGCAGAAUGUAUAUCUAAUAUACAACCCCACUAAUGAUACGUGUUAAAGGAGGCAGCAUGUAGGCGCUGCUUCAAAAUUACACGGGUCAUUACGGCGAGUUGAGACCGGAUUUAUCUGCUGCCAACAAAACACAUAAUUUGUUUUACCUGGUAAUCACACAGGCCGGCUAAUUACAUGUGAACACCACAAAGUCUGCUUUUGGAGCGAGUGUGUGUGUGUGUGUGUGUGUGUGUGUCAUAGACGCUACAUAAACUUUAAUUUUAUACAAACUGAUUCCAGUUUCAUGGAAUAUUCAGCGGGUAAUGUGUUUGUGUUUUCAUACAUUAUUCUGUUUUUACGGCUUCAGCUUCUGUUUUUCUUUAAAUAAAGCUGAAGUCGACUCUUAUUGUCUCAUUUUCCUCCUGUCAUCCAAUCCCAAGUGCAGACUCCGACCAACAACCACCACCGCCUCAAAACGAUUCAUGGACGCAUAAAACAGACAAAACUCUCCUGUCAUCGUCUGUGCAGGGCCGUUACCAGACUCUCUGGAGCGGGGUGGCCAGGACUGAUAAUAAUACCACACUGGGCCCCCCCAACCAUGACCAAUAUUUACAUUUGUCUCCACAGGAAAUCAAGUCUUUAUUCAGAAGGUGAACACAGGAGUUUGUGUCCCAGACAUGAACCAGAGACCACUGAUUUAAGGUCUAAUGAGGAGGUUCAGCCUCAGCCUGGAUGAUCCUGUACAGAUAUAAGUCUGGGUCUAAAGUAAUCCUGAACCUUUGGACUACAAGACGAGGGCAGCAGUCUCAGAUUAAAGCAGUCUACGCCUGUGAGAAGUCUAAGCUUUAGACUAGUCAAAGUCUAUAGUAAUCUAACUCUAUAAUGAUCUAUGUCUAUAGUAGUCUAAGUCUAUGUCAGUCUAAAUCUAUAGUAGUCUAAGUCUAUGUCGGUCUAAGUCUAUAGUAAUCUAAGUCUAUAGUAGUCUAAGUCUACACUAAUGUAAGUCUAUGUCAGUCUAAAUCUAUAGUAGACUGACUCUAUAGUAGUCUAAGUCUAUAGUAGACUGACUCUAUAGUAGUCUAAGUCUAUAGUAGACUGACUCUAUAGUAGUCUAAGUCUAUAGUAGACUGACUCUAUAGUAGACUGACUCUAUAGUAGUCUAAGUCUAUAGUAGACUGACUCUAUAGUAGACUGACUCUAUAGUAGUCUAAGUCUAUAGUAGACUGACUCUAUAGUAGUCUAAGUCUAUAGUAGUCUAAGUCUAUAGUAGACUGACUCUAUAGUAGUCUAAGUCUAUAGUAGUCUAAGUCUAGGGUUGACUCAGUCCUUUUUGUUAAUCCUCCCUGUUGGACUAAUGAAGGAUUAUCUAAUCUCAGUCUUUGUUAGUCUGGGUUUGUAGCGGCUCUAACCGUGAGUCUAACUUACAGGGAAGUUUUCAAACCCGAGCCGAAAAGGUGAGGGGGUGAGGGGGUGAGGAGGUGAGGGGGGAGGGGGGUCUACCUCCUGGACUCUGAUUGGUGGUUUUUAAAGACCCCCCCCCCUUCAGUCUCAGGUCUUUAUUCAGUUCAGAAUCAGGAGUCUGUCGGUGGAUUAAAUCCGGUCUGGACUCAGUUUUAAGGGCCAGUUUUCAUUAAAGUUCGAGUUUGUGGUUGACGUUGACAGGAAGUUGUGAAAAGAUUUGGACUCCAUCUUGAACUCAGAAGCUCCUCCUCCUCGUUGACGUGGAUGUUGAAGUUUUUCUCAGGAGGUCAGACUCGUGCGGUCAUGUGAUCAAACAGGAAGUUGUUCACCUCCCGCUCUUAGACUGAAUCUGAUGAAUGUGGACGUGAGCGAGCGUUUAGAGGAAUUCCUGGAAAGCGCAGAAAAAAGCGUUUUAAUUACAUCCACGAACGUCGCCAUCACAGCCUGCGUCGGACGGCGAACAUCUGCAUUUUAAUCGAUUUAGUUUCCUCCCCCUCCUCUUCCGCCUCUGUGUCUUUCGAGAUCAUUAACUUUAUUGGAUUGGACAUUCCUGUUGCAAAAACAAUUCAGCAUAAUCAUUUGCAAUGCAACUCCCCAGUGCGGGAUGCAAAUGCUGCUCCGCUCGCCGCCCCGGCCUGGCAAUUACUGACGGAGCACAGAUGCAGGCGGCCGCUCCGUCAGAAUAAAGUCGAGCCUGCAAAUAAUGUGAUUACUCAGUCAUUACAUAUUGGAGUGCAUUCAUUAGAGCAGCAGAGGAUUCUGGGCAUUGUUGACAUCGCCUUGGCAGAGCGCGGGACGUGA